AUGCUUGAAGGAAAAAGGAUGCCUGACGAGUGGAAAAAAAAUACACUGAUUCCAAUUUACAAGAAUAAAGGUGAUACGCAAGAUUGUGGCUGCUACAGGGGUAUUAAACUAAUGAGCCACACUAUGAAACUCUGGGAAAGAGUGUUGGAUGAACGGCUAAGGAAUAUUGUAGUAAUGUGUGAUCAACAAGAAGCACUGAUCCCGGAAGUGUGUGGGAAGGCAAUACAGAAUAUGUAUGAAAAUAGUGUUACCAAUGUGAGAAGUGUUGUCGGUACAACAGACAGCUUUACGGUAGAAGUUGGGCUAGACCAAGGAUCCGUACUUAACCCAUUCCUAUUUGCGAUCAUAAUGGAUAGGCUAACGGAAAGCAUUAGAAGAAGUGCGCCAGAGAUGAUGAUGCUUGCAGAUGAUAUCGUGCUCCGCUGUGAGGGUAGACAAGAACUAGAAGAUAACCUAGAAGUGUGGAGGUUUGCAUUGGAAAGGAGGGGAAUGAAGGUGAGCAGAAUGAAAGGGAAAAUCUACAGGACCUUGUAUGUUAUGGAGACUGUACCAGUGACAAAAUUGCAGGAAAAGAAAAUGGAGGUGGCAGAAAUGUAG